AUGGGCGCUGAGACGAGGCAGAAAGACAAAAUCGUUACGACAGGCGUGCUCCUUUGGGACCAAUGGCAGUCUGAGUCUUGUGCUGCGAUGCGUAGUGCUCAUGAGACUUUGAAUUGGACUUACGACGAGAUGGCCGGAGAUUUCUUGGGCCGUCUCGGUGACACGUUCGCCAUGUUGAGUGUGGCGUGGCAUUUGGAAGAGUGCGAGUUCUUCAUUCUAAACGAGUCGCAGUUGGCGAAGUCUGACCCUCGUGUCCACCAGCACAAGGAGGACGAGUUGGCUUCUGUUUUCGGCCACUUGCAGACGGGCCUGAACCUUGCUCGGAUCAAGCGCAUCAAAGAGGACUACGAGAACUGCCAGUGGCUCUUGGAUAAUUGCGACACCAGGAAGGGCGUGAACGAGCUUAUCCACAGGAGCGUUUGGAAACACAUGUCCAAGUUACAGGUCUAUGAAGUUAUUAGAGGGUCGGGCUUCGUUGUCACCGACCGCCUCAGGCAGUGGGCGAUUGAGUCCAACUCGGGCAUCGGCCAGAGCCAAUCUACAGAGGAUUGUUUAAACAAGCAGAAGAACUAUAAACCUUAUGUCAACAAGAUGGGCGCUAUCUCAGGGGCUUUCGAAGCGUUGAUCGAUGGCGACGUGUUGGGCGGCAAGAACAGGUUUGUCGCCGUCAAGGUUGGACAAGUGUCUCCAGGUAGAGACAUGGUGCUCGACCCCGAGGCCCACGCCGUGAAAGUCAAGACUUCGCCACAGGAGCUCAGGCAGCUUACCUCGUUUGACAAAGGUUCUUGGAUGCUGGCCAUGGGGCACUUCAACGACGGCGCUGCUGUUAUGUAUCCCGUGGCGGAGCGUGACGUCCCUGGCGCCAACGGCGCGUGUUACGAGCUGGACCGCUCCGACUUCCUUGCCCGCGAGCUGUGCCACGCAGUGCUUGACGUUGAUCAGUGGGACGCCGCUCCAGUGAAAUGGAAGAGUCCGUAUUCGCAGCUGAUCGAACAUGGAGGCCACGGCGCGCAGGUCGAUGGCUUCGCUGACGCGGCGAUAAGGGUCAUCAGAACUGGGCCCGUCGAGGCGCUGAAGGCGGUGGUUGCUCGCAGGUGCUUCGGCAACCUCAACCAGUCCCAGCUGGUCAAGUAUGCUGCGUACUUGGGCUGCGAGUUGGAGGACACCACUAGCCUGCUUCAUGUUUGCGAGUCGCUGAUCAGGUUCUGCAUCGAGGGCAUCAAGACUGACGAUCUGCGUGCUAUCUUGAGCUUGAGGGCAGCGGAAAUGGUUGCAAAGGAAAGUCACGCCCUCGAGAUGCUGAACGAUAUCGAGGACGCCCACGCUGUCAUCGGGGCCAGGCCUGAUGAGUGGAAGCAGAUCAUGAGCAG